AUGCCUUCUGUAGACAAGGUCGCGAGGAGCAAGUCAGAUGAUCCUAUGAUGGACAUGCUCAAGACGCUGAUCCUUAUUGUGGCUUCGAUAUCUUUUCUCGUCUUUGUCGCGUUAUUUGGACGCCUACCUGUCUUCCGGAAAACACCUGUAGGAUGGUGCUAUCGGCUGCUGAUGGUAUAUCUUCCAAACGCGCUCGUCGGUCUUGAUGAAAAAUUGACAGGCAGACGCAUUACCCGAACCACAACACGAGUGUACAAUUAUCUUAUGUACGAUCGGCACCCAGUCGUGCUCAUAAUAUUUGUGCUCUUGCAGCUGGGCUCCGAGCUUCUGUUCCUGCCGCCAGCGUGGACAUAUAUUCCAUCAAACGUUCAGCGGUACCUUGUACUCCCUGUCUUGAUCACCCUACCCUAUUCCACCCUUUACCUCUCUUAUUCGACCUCAUCUCACCAUAUUACUCCGGAGUCAUAUCCUCAAGCACUGACACGCUAUCCCUAUGACUACACACUCUACCAUCCUCAUCGGAUGUGCCGAACCUGUCAUUAUCCAAAGCCCGCACGAAGCAAGCACUGUCCCAUCUGCAAGGCUUGUAUCGAACGGCAAGACCACCAUUGCAUAUGGAUCAACAACUGUGUAGGUCUGCAUAACUACCAUUACUUCAUUGCGCUGCUCGUCACCGUCGCAGCACUUCUAGGUUAUGGUGCUCUCACUGGCUUUGGCAUACUCGAGAAGAUUCUGCAGGAGAUGUUUGUCCCUAGACGCCUAACGGCUGGUAGUCUUACCAAUAAGCGAUGGUCUACUGGUCUCAGUUGGAUGGAGUAUUUCAAUGCGUAUACCGUUUGCCUUGCGACCAAUGCACGAAUUGGGGCAGUAACACUACUGGCAAGUAUGACCUGUCCACUCGCGCUUGGCUUUCUUGUCUACCACGCCUAUCUCAUCUGGGCCGGAACAACAACGAACGAAACUGCAAAGUGGAGCGAUCUGCGUGAGGACAUCCAAGAUGAUCUAGUUUGGCAAGCACGGAUUGACGAUGUCAAGACGGAGUAUCCCGGACCACUGGACGAGAAGAUUGUGUAUGAUUCCCGAAACUUUAGAGACGCCACAAGCAGAAGCGGGCAGGUCCCAAGUUGGGGCUAUGGACGCAAGGCACAUUGGUGGAUCAUCAGGACACGGGGAGGAGUGAAUCCAACGAGAUGGAAGCCACUCGAAGGACAGUACGAGAGUAGUGGGAGACAAAAAGUCGAAGAGGUGAUUGAUGAAAGAUGGAAGAGAGUCAAGAGUCUGGAUGAGAUUGAUAAUUUGUAUGACUUAGGAUUGGUUGGAAAUUUCAAGGAUGGACUGUUGAGGCCAUGGAGAGAUGUUUAG